UCCUCAAAACAUUCUCCGCUUCCGUGACUUUCACGCUAGACACUUUACUCAAAAAAACUUUUUUCUACACGCACUAAAUCCAAACCCAUGGCCUUUGUGGGGUACUACUGAAGGAUCAGAGAAUUGGGAGCAAGGACCCGACCUUGCCGAAACUUAUGAUGCAUAUGAAGAAGGAUGGAAUGCAGAAGAAGGAUGGAAUGCAGAAGAGGAAUGGAAUGCAGAAGAAGAAGAAUGGAAUGCGGAAGAAGAGGAGGAAGAGAAAGUAGAGUUUGUAUUGAGUGAAGAAGCUAUCUCGAUGUUUCGGUUUUCUGAGUUAAGAAAACAACAACUUGCAGAAGCAAAUCCAUCGUCUGCAUCUAAAAGUCAAUCCUCCGAGCAAUUUGAUGAUUUAUCAACAUCUAUGUAUCUUACCUCUGAACCAGAUCCAUCUCUAAUUUCACCAACAAACUUAACUACUGUAGAAUUACAACAAUUAUAUGGUGAUUCUUAUCCAACUAUAAACAUUUUAGAAGCAGCAUUGAAUUCUACUUAUAUUCAAAGUUGUAAAGUUGAUAAAGAUCACGAUGAUGAAAAUCGUAAUGAGAUAAAUGAGAUAGUAUAUUGGCCUGUCAUACCUUUAAGAUUUGUUUAA